AUGAUUCAUGGAGGUUAUAUAGAGGAUUUAUUACAUCAAACGUUAAAACCCAUAACGAUAGAUUCGCAACAAUUACAAAUACAAUCAGCUGUCCUAUUAUCGAUUAAAAAUGGAUCAGUUUUAUCAUAUUCAACAAAUUUAGAUUUAGUAGAUAUAACAAAUAGUAAUAAUAAUGAAACAAGUUUAAAGAUGAUGACAUUAUUAUGUAAAGAUAAAUGGGAUGAAAAUGAAAAUGAUGAUCCGGAACCACAUUAUAUAUUUAAAUUUAAUUCAUUUGAAACAAAAAUUUAUAAUUAUGAAAUUGAAAAUUUACAUGCCUGUAUUACACAAAUACCAAAUAGUGAUUUAUUAUUAUUAUUAACUGCAGAUCCAAUAUUUCCAUAUGGUUUGUUAACUUUAAAGAUGAAAUAUUUAUUGAAAUCUUGCAAUUCUUUAAUUAAUUAUAAAUUGAAUUCAAACGAAUAA